AUUCUAGACGCGCUAUGUUAACUCACGCGAACUUGUAACAGGUUCGAAACUUAGCAACAUCACCUCUUUGUUUGGAUUAUCAGGUUGCUUCAAUCUCGCUUUUGUAUUACUUUUGGUCGUUCCCAGUCUCUUUCUUUGUCAAAAUUGAAAUUCAAAAAUGGAGUGGGAUAGCGAGAGUGCGCUACAGGGGUUUUUAAUAACGAUGAUCGUCUGCAUAGUAUCCAGUGUACUUUAUUAUAUGUUCAGGAAUACUUUGUUCCCUCACCGUAUUUCUGUUCAUCAAGAUUCAGAAAACUUAGCUCGCAGGAGAAAGAAAAAUGACGUAAAAAAGUCCAAGAAAGUUAAAAAACGGAAAGUGUUAGUUGAUUCUCAACAAACUGAAGAAAUAGAAACGGACAAAACUCAAACGUCAGGCGACACAACUGGUGAAGAGGAUGAACAUCUAUCAGAUGUGCUUUUUGACGAUUAUUCAUCAAGUAGCAGUGAGCAGUCAGUUGAAAGAUCUAUCCAGCCAGUGAUAUAUGAAGAAAACUGUGAUAAGGGAGAUUCAGAAGUCGUUGAUGCUUCUACUCACAAGAUCGAACAAUCUUAUGUCGGAGGUCCCAGUUUAGAUUUUUCGCAAGCUACAUUAUGCAGAAAUCAGAGUGAGGAUUCAGAUUCGAUUAUUUCUCCAGGUUCUUCAGAACGUAGUCCAACCACAGAUAUUCUACCUCCAGUAAAUGAUUCGAAAGUUCCUCUCACUAAGUCCAAAAAGUCAAAGCGUCGUUCAGGCAAGCGGUUGGUUAGGUAUGCGGAUUUGUCUAAAGAAGCUAUAUUUGUUGAGCCUGCCAACAUGGAACAUUCUUCAGAAUCAUUAGAAAUAUCAAGAACUGACUGUCUUAAACCAUAUAAAAUGGGUGGAAAACAGGAAUUAUCAAAUGACUCUACAUCAACAUUGGAGUUGCGUACGACAAUCAAAGAAUUAGAAGGACAAUUAAAGAUCAGUGAAACCAAGCUGGCAGAAACCUCCCAGUGGGCGAAUUCUUUAGUUGAAGAAAACAAGCAUUUUCGUACUAAGAAAGACGAAUCUUCUCUAAGUUUACAUGUACUGCAAAUGCAAUAUAAUGAACUCCUAAGAACGAAUAAAACACUCGAACACCAGAACAACUUGCUGAAUGUGAAGUUAAAAAAUAUUGAAACUGAAAACUGUGAUCUGCAAAAACGUUUAGACCAGACAAAUGCAGAUACUUUAAAGGUAAAAAAGGAAGCUGAAUUGGAAUUGUGUAAUUUGCGAGAACAGUUAACAAAACACGAAACUCAAUUGACUGCAAUGGCUAAGGCAAUGGCUGCUUCUACUCCAUCGAUUCCUACUGGUCCUAUACCAGAACUUAUUCGUGCUCAGGAAUUAGCGCAAGCAAUGUCCAAUGAUAACUGUUUAUUAAAAUCACGUAUUGAGCAGUUGGAUUCAGAAUUAACCCAACUGCGCCAAACAAAUAUGAGGCAACAACAAGAUUUACAGGUUUUCCGGGCUGAAAAUCAUAAAUUACAUUCAGAAAAAGAAACAGCUCUGGAUGAAUUACGCAUUAAACGACAAGCAGAACAAGUAGAAAAUGAUACUGUACAUAUGGAGUUAAAACGUCUGUGUCAUGAACUAGAAUUAGAGAAACAGAAAAAUCAGGAGUUGUCUAUUUCUUUAUCUGAGGCAAGAGCUGAACUAUCACGAAGUUUACAAAAAGAAAAACGUCAAUCUGAAAUUAUUAGCAGUCUUGAAUAUCAGUUUGCUGAAUUGAAUGUACAAAAACAAUGCCUACUUGAUAAUGCUAAUCAAUCGAAAUUAGCUUAUGAAACAGCUUCUAGUGAACUAAGAGCACAAGUGGUAAAUUUAUCCAAUGAUUUAAUACGUGUUACUAAUGAAUUAAAUAAUACUGAACAAAAAGUUUAUGAAUUAACAUACCAGUUAGAAUCUACAACAAAAUCAUCCAGUAAUAAUAAUGAUUUAAAUGGUGAACCAAUCAUAAUUAAUAUUAAAUCAGCCGAAACAUGCAUUAGUAAACAAGAUGAACAACAUGAAAACGAAUUAUUACAUAUUAGUAAUAAUAAUAUUUAUGAAGAUUUACGUAAUCGAUUAUCCGAAGUUGAAACUAAUUUCAAUGUUGCUGAAAAAGAACGUGCCAAAUUUUACAAUCUUUAUCAAUCUGCAUUAAAUGAAGUGGAUCAUUACAAGGUAAAAAGUUCCAUUGUUUCGUUUAUUUUACAUAGUAUUCGUUGAAUGAUGAGGUAAUUUACAUGUUAAAUAUAAACAAAAGACUUUGAAUCUUUGAGUGCAUUAGAAAAUUUCUCACCCCUCCCCAGUGGUCUAAAGGUUAAGCAUUUGCUCACGAGAUCGACCGUCCUAGGUUCAAGUCCCGUGUGCGGGGUUGUGGAUGUGCACUGCUGAAGAGUCUUGUACUAGGAAGAAACGACCUCCCAGUGCUUCCAGGCUUUCAAUGGUAGUCUAACUUAGAUCAGUCCGUGAUUUUAAUGAAAUUCAACAAUCUCCACAACCUCAUACUGACAAGUAAAAUAAAUUAGUUCGCUUGAGUAAUUCUUUUCAAGGUUCUUUAAUCGAACUUUGAAAAGCAUUUUAUCGAACAUUUUGUAAGUUGUCACUUAUUCAAUCAUGUUUAUAUGUUGAUUAUGUUUUUAAUGUGAUUACAAGUCAUAUGUUUACAUGCGUAUUGUAUUUGAGUAAGAAUAUACACGACAAGUGGAUAUAUUCAUCUCAGUUAUCAUGUAUGUCGCUCGUCUGUGUUCAUCGAACUAAAUGGAGCUGGACAAGCGUUGAUUUGUUUUUGAAGUACUAUUAUCUGUAAACCUCUUAAGCUAAAUAAUUGUUUUUAAGUCUGUAUUGCAAAUUGUGUCAAGUAUAGUUGAAAAAGCCAUCCAAAAUAGUAAUUUCCUUCAGUUUGUUAUUUUUGAAAAUGUUAAUUCAUGUUUUACAAGUUAAUUUCAAAAUAUAUAAUUUCUUGAGGCUAUCGUUAAGGAUGGCUUCCUCAAUUCCCUGUCUGGAUUGUCAACGUCAUGCUCAGUAGGUAUGUGUAUCAUCUCUAAGCUCUUAGUAAUCUGUUGAUCUUCGAUAGAUAGGGAGAUUGACCUGAUCUCCAUCUAGCCUCUUGCCUUGGCUCAUGAGACUAGAUCCCACUAUCUAGGAGGCACGACUUGGAUGUAUGAAUCGGACUCCACCUUUAUGUAGUAAUAACAAUUACACUGUUUUCAUUCAGAUUUACAUUCUAAGUUUACUUAAUUUUUUGAAAACUUCACACUGAUAUUGGGCUAACGCACAUUUACACCAAUCUCUACAUUGGUUAUGACUGACUGACAUUGGUUUGCGUUUAGUUAUCACUUCUAAUCCAUUAUAAGUAACCUAUUAUUACACAGUUGUCUUGUUGAAUAUUCCAUCUUUUUAAUUACCAACUCAUUUACCUGGAACAAGUUCGUGUACUUGGCUUCAUAGCUAGUGGGACUACCUGGCUGUCCUAACUGAAGUAGAUGAAGCGGAGUUCAUGUCACUGAAUUUUUCGCCUAGGAUUUAACCUCACUCAUACGAAGCAAGCAGUCUUACCACUCUAGUCUCUAACUAGAUUAAUGUUUCAGUUAAUUGUAUUAUGUUCUUCUUGACUAAAACAGCUUCCCAAAUUGGUGGUCUGAUUAAUAUAUACGGACUAAAAUAUAUCUUGGAUUUAUCAUCAUUAGCAACUUUCGAAUUUACGAAUUCGUAACAUAGGGCAGGUGUUUCUUUUUUUUUCAUUUCUAACUUGUUUCAUAUUCUUAUUGACUUUUAGUCAACUUUAAUACAAACCGAAGAAGUUUUAGCGAAGCUAGAAGAAUCUGUUAAACAGACAGAAAGUAAAUGGCGUCAACUUUUAUCAGAAAGCGAAUUCGAACAGAUUCAACUUCGUAAACAGUUAUCAGAGUCUCAAUCAAUGUUGAAAGAUAUCACAGGAAAACUGAAUCAAGCCGAUGAAGGAGUACCUGCAUUAAAGAUUUGUAAUGUUGGAAAGAGGCAAAAAAAGUCAAAAACACGUAAACCGGCAGACUCAUCUAAUGUGUUUACAGUAGUUGAAUUAAAUACAGAAAAAACUUCAGAGAAUAUUCAUCCUAUCGAACAGAGAAUAUAAAUAUUUAUGAUGAAAAAAAGCAUUUUUAAUAACUACUUGAGCAUGUCAAACUCCAUGAUUUCAUUACAUUUACAUAUUUGCAUACUUUCUGUUAUUAUAUUAAUAUUAUCCGUGUAGAUUCAUUCUGCAUAUACUUAUAUUGAUAUGCUUGAAGGCGGUUGUGUGUUCAUGUAGCUCUUUGCAUUGUUUCGCUUUUUUGCUUCCUUUCUUACUUACUAUUUUAAACACUAUUUUUUGUUUUCUCUAUUUCUCGCGUCACUUUCAUGUGUUAUUGAACUUUAUCAGGUCAGUAUUAUUUAUUUUAACAUUUUGUUUUCAUGAAUAAAAUCAUUACAC